AUAGUAUAUAGAAAACAAUGGAUAACUGUUUUUUUUUUAAAUUGUACAACCUGUUACUUUCAACAUAAGCAUUUUUUAAAAGCUCACUAAAUGUAGAUUUUGUUAAACUUGUAUACUUAAUAUAACUGAUAAUGCAAUCAAAAUGUAAAACGAAUUAUUUUAACCUGAGGGGAAGCCCUACUUUCGCUUUCGAUUCAGAUUUGUAUAACAAAAUAUUGUGUGGAUUAUAUUUUUAUGUUUAAAGUUUACAUUUAAAUUAAUUUGAACUAUAAAUUCAACCCUGAUUUAGUGAAAGUGGUUAUCAUAAGACACCAACUUUGUACUGAACUGGUUAGGGCAAGGGAGGAAGCGCCAGGGAAGGAACUAGUAAAAAAAAAAGAAUAAUCCGACUGCCAGUCCAAGGCAUGCUAAAGGUACUAAAAGUGAUCUCUAACAUUCUCAUCAAGAGAAAAAUGCCAGUUUUACUGACAAUCCUGCUGAUGUUCCAGCUCUUUAUUGAGGGUAGACACAUAACAAGAGAAGGGGAUAUUGAAAAACGCCGAGCAUGUUCAACAAUUCCGACGUAUGAUAUCAAGUGUCAUGGGGCAUGUCCUACAGUAGACUCAUUAGCCUGGACCAAGAAUAAAGAAUUUAAGGAAUGUUUACAUCCUAAAACUUAUCACUGUGUAUAUGACAAUGAAACUCAUGAGUACAUUGAAGGUUGUGCUGAGCCAAUCUUUUGCAAUAGAGGUGAAGAACCUAUGCUGUAUAAUCAGGGAAAUAGUUUUAAUGUAGAGUGCAGACAUUGCAACGAUAUGCAACAUUUUAAUUCAGAGAAGAGAAAAUCAGAUACAUUUUCUGAAUGUUAUCAGGAAAGAAGAAAAUGCAAUUCUAAACUAGGAGAAGAGGAAUGCGACAAAUCUGAAGGAAUGGAAAUGUAUUACACACAGACAAAAUGCACAUGCAAAUGGAAGGAUAAUUAUAUCCCGGCAAAACCUGAUGCAACUUUUUGUUCGCCUGAAACUAUAUGUAUUUGGAGGAGGUGUGAAUACAAAAAUCAAAGUAGACUGUCUGAUUUUGAUUGCCACCAAGCAUGUGAAGAAGGCAUGGUUAGGAUAAAUGAUUCCAUUGCAUGUGUUCCUGAACCCAUAGCAAGAAAUGUAACUGGCACAACAAGUUCAAAUAGGGAAGAUCUAACAUCAGCGUUCACUUUUUCCUCAACUGAGCCAUCAACGUCCGCUAGAAACCCAGACGAAGAAAGCAAAGACAAUGCACCUACUCACCGUGCCCGGGAUACACAGCUGAUCAUUGAAAUCCAGCUUGGAGCAGAUGUACUCAGUCAUCCACCAUAUUCGCUUGAUCUUUCCCCGUGUGACUUCGCCUUGUGUCCCAGGUUGAAGAAAGAGUUGAGAGGGAAACGUUUUGACAAUCUGGACGAGAGGAGCGUUGUGAGGAGCCACCCAAUGCAUACUGUCAUCAUUCAUCCAGUCAUGGUAUGCGAGUACAUUUAG